CAACAUCCCACACUGAUAAAUUAAUAAUCUAUUCUGAUGGUGAUGUACCUAGGGUCCCCUAAAGAAAAAUAAUGUAACUUGUGUAUUGAAUACAUGCCUCUACCAGUUCUAGUAAAUGUUCUACCUCGUGGCUGCCUUUCUGAUGAGGUCUGAAGCUGGCAUGGAAACGAGAAUGCAGAAUAUAGCAUUUCUGUGGGCCCACACAAGGGCAGCUGAAUCAGAAUACUUUCUUCGAUGCUGACAGUCCCAAGAAGACAAGACCGGGUGUACAUAGCUCUCUUGGUAGUAGAUCAAGUGUUUAAGCUAAGCUGGUUUGGUUUGGUUUUUUGUGUGUGUGGUUUUAGUAUGAGUGACAGAAGGGUCGAAUAAUGAAAUAGUCUAAAGUGUCAGGUAAUCCUGUAAAAUGUGGGAGUUCUGAAGUGGGGUGUCAUAUUUCCUUGCACCUGUACAGUUGGACAGCUAUAUACUGAUACAUGUUGCAUCUGUAUGCCUAUGCCUGUCUUUGAUUGUAGGGAUAGAUUGCUCCAUACUGUGUUUCUAAGUUUAAGCAAAACUUGAAAACAUUUGUCUUGGUGCCGAUUUCUCACUGUUUUCAAAUCUUGUCUUGAGAACCUCCAUAAAUUCUUUAUUAGGGACUUUUUAUAUGGUGUUAUACUUCUUAACUCUAAGGGAAUUUCUCAAAAUUAUAGGUAUAAUGAAGAUUAAAUUUGAAGCUAUUAAGCUAACUAAUACGUGUUCUCACUUCUAACCUGGAAACAAAUCCAUUACAAGGUUCUUCUAAAUAAAUGCUGAUUUUCUGUGUUUGAAAUGAAGCUAUGAAAAUUAGUUUACUUAUGCCUUGAUGUAAAUACUUAAAUUUAGACUGAUUGUUUAUAUUCAGACAUCAAGGUAUGAAUUGCCAAUAAAUUAAAACACUGCUUUAGUUCACUGUAACAGAAUACAUACAGGAAGUAAACAAAGUAUAUUCCUGUAAUCUGGUUGUGUUCAAUACAGUUUUAAAAUUUUUAGCACUUGUUGCCAAGUUUUGUUGCCAUCAUAGCUGGUGUGGUUGGAAAAGCCAAACCAGAAAUGAGCAGAUCUAACUGUAAGCUACUUUGCAUGUUGUCAAUUGACUAUAAAUUGCCGCAGUUAUUGGCUCUAGCUACAUAAUCCAGGUAAGAGACUUGUGUAUUGCUGUAUCUAGCAACAGAUCUUCAUUGAAUAUCAGUGAUUUUGUAAAUCACUUCUACUAGCUAUUCAGUAACAGUGCUGCUUUAGUUUUUUAAUUAAUCAUGUUCAAUGUGAUCUCUUAUUAAGUAAGGUGUAAGAAAAUGGGAUAUUAACUUAUCUUUUGAAUGUCGUUCAGAUAUUUUCAGGUAUUAUUCAUCAGUCUUAAAAUAGCACGUCUUGUUUCCUUGGAUUUUACUUUCAUCUGAAGAUUGGUGAGUCUCUAGUCUAGAAGAUAAAUGAUCCUAAGACUUCUUGCAGGUAAUAAGGCAAAAAUAACUGUUUAAUGUUGUUAUGCAGCAGAAGUGUCAGUACUAGACAACAAAUACUGCAAGUAUCUCUUUUUGAGGGGUUAUGUUGGCUUUGGUUUCUUGUUCUAUGCAAUAUUUUGCUAUAAAGUUGGGGGUUUUGUUGCUAUGUAACAGGCACUUUUCGUCAGACUGUUUUUAAGUUGUUAGCAGUAGAAAGUUUUUAGACAAUAACCUGACCUGUAUAACUAGGAAAUGGAAAGAUGACUGUCUAGUAUUUUCAUUUUAUAAUGAGUAUAUAUUCACCUCUGAUUUUCUGCAUGUGUAUUAAUGUAAAACGUGUGGUUGGUUGUGCCUACCUACAGACGUACCUGUUUAAGAUGCAUGUGACUUUCUCUUUUGCCUAAUUGCAUACUAUAAAUGAAUUCUUAACUCAUAGAAUUUCUGUUGUGAGAUCUAUGUAUAUUAGAAAAAGAGACAAAGCUGAAUACAGAGGCAUUUUGAUAGAAUGUGUUAUGAGGGUAGGUCCAUACUGAGUAAAAAUUCCCUUUGUUUUAGACAUGGUUGGUAUGAAGUCGUUAGAAAAUGUUAAAAUAUCCCCAUAUCCUGUGAAGGAUUAAGGGAAUCCCAUUUAUGUUGUGGAACUACAGUUGGAACAUUUGAAGCUUUGCAAGGGUUUUGUGAGAAUGGAGUGUAGUUUCUAGUAACCUAGUUAAAUGUUCACGUGUGUUUCCAUUUUAGGGGGUGUAGCAUAACCUAAGUGUUUUAGACAGCAAUGUGUAGAUGUGGAAGUGGGUGGUAAGAGCAUUUUUUGAUAGAUGCUGUGUAGGCAAGUAUUGCUUGCAGUAUGUGAGGGUGGGUCACAGAAAUUCUUUAAAAAUCAGCUAGGUAUUAAAAAUGUUUUUUUAGGUAGCUAUCAAGUAGCAAUCAUUAGUUAUGCUGAUAGUUAGCUGUUGGAAUAAUGAUAUUGGGAAGGCACUAUAAUGUAGCUUCCUGUAAGACUGCAAGUUUAUAUUUCUAAUAAAUAUAUAAGGAUGAUUUGAGUAGUUACACUUGCUGUAAUGCUGCUCUAAAGAGAGGGUACAUGGUUUUAGUAGGCCAGUCUGAGUUACAGGUUUCUAGCGCUGCCUAAAUGACUUUGUAACUGGAAAUAUUAUUAGGACGUGCAUUUUUUUCUUUUAAUAAAUUAAUUCAUAAUCCUUUAUCAGUGGGAUUGUGUUUGGCAUUUCCUAUCUGCAGGUGAGCACAGAAGGAGCAUGAGGACCUAAGGGGAUAUUAGGUUUAGCAGAAAUUAGUCCUCUAAACUUUUUGUAAACUUUUUUGUGGAAUGGAUGUAAUACCUGACAAACAUAGAAUUAAGACUGAGAUCCAUUCCCUGCACAGGUUUUCUAUCUAUGAAGAUAAUACAGUGAAUGAAACAACAAAUUAAUAGAGAGAAAAAAUAAUUCCUUUUGAAGGCUUUUUGGUAUGGAUAGGGAGUCUGUCACUAGAAUUGUAAUUUUCUUCAAGGAGGAGAAGCGGUUUGAGAGAAUGCCUCAGACAUUGGCCUGCUUUGUUUAUUGUCUGUAGAGAUGAAAGUUUUGGUAGAUUUUGAGACCCUAAACCCAUGUGGAGUACAUAGAAGUAGAUUAUUUCUGUAGCUGAGGUGGGAGUGUUUGCUGUUUCCUUUAGGAAGUGUUGGUGGCUUUAUUUUCUGUAAAUCUAUUGUGAAUUAUUUUAAUCAGUGAUUAAAAUAAUUACUUGAACUUUCUUGUGUUUUCAAAUGGGACGUUGUCUGCUCUAUGUAAGUCUUCCAACACCACUCUGAAGUGUCACAAAUGCAUUAAAAGUCUCUACUGGAAAAUGCCAGGAAUGCCAAAUGUUGGUAAGUCCAGGUGAGGUUUUUCCUACUGCUUGAUAUGAGUUGUUUAAACUGUUAUGUAAUUAUGCAUUUCCAGGUUAAAUGCAGAACCUGACGGAUGGCAAAAGCUACUGUAACCUCAUGGACAAGCUGUCUAUCUGUUCUGAGACUCAGCGCGUACAGCUGGCUAGGUCUUUCUGUGCUGACCCAGUGCUCACAUUUCAUGUGUACCCAGAAACACCAAGCCAGGUCACUUGCUCUGAAGAUUUGUCAUUCCUUCCUUUCAUGUCUGAGCAUCUCAUCAUGGGGAAUUUCUACAGUGAGCCCUGUGCCUUUCCCUACCAAAUGCCCCGUUCCAAUUACCGCAGAAGUGAGUACUCCUAUGGGACAGCAUUCAUCAGAAAGAGGAAUGAGAGGGAAAGGCAGAGGGUUAAAUGUGUCAAUGAAGGCUAUGCUAAACUGAGGCAUCACCUACCCAAGGAAUACUUGGAGAAACGCCUCAGCAAAGUAGAGACACUCCGUGCUGCUAUAAAAUACAUUAGCUACCUGCAGUCCGUUCUGUACAGUGAUUCUGUGGUGGCAGAAAAAAGUGUCAUGGAGCGAAGCACCUGCAGCAAUUAACAAACAAAACCAGAUUUUGAAGACUAUUUGAACCAUUCCAAACCAAGCAAAAGGUAUCCUGUCUGGGAACCUACUGUAUUAAUGAUGUGCAUGUUCCUGGUGCAUCUUAGAAGCAGAUCAUAGUGCGAGCCAGUAUAGGCCCACACAAAAGAAUUUUAAUUAUGCAGAAAGUAACUACACUUAGAUAUGAAAAAGACAGCUGAAGAAAUCUGAUCUGAAUGGCCUAAGUUAGUUAAUUUAUGGAAAUCACAAAGCAUUUAUAAAGUUGUCACCAAACCAAA